AACACCUAGCGGCAAAACAACGUGUGUGAUUUGUACUGACCUGAGUGUUGGUUAAAAACUAGUGCGAUAUGUUUUUAAAGAAGGGAAAACAACAAAGUUGAACAUUUUUCAUUUAGAUUUUGAGAGCGGACCACUGAUUUGUCCUUGACUGAAGCUUUAACAUUGAAUUUGAACUUUAGAUUUGAAUAACCAGCUAAGAGUAUACUCAAGAAGUUACAGACAGGGAGACAGAUUAUAACCAACUUGAGGAAAUACACACAAAGAACAAUUUGUGGGAGACAGUAGAAAAGUCCUUGAGAAUGUCUUCAAACGCUACUGAUACAGCUAAAGAAAUAUCAUCUCUUUCUUUUUCUUUGGAUCAGUUUUUCCUUAUCAUCAUGGGAAUGGUUGUAUAUUUUAUGCAAUGUGGAUUUGCAUUCCUUGAAGCGGGCGCAGUACGGAGUAAAAAUGUUACAAAUAUUCUGAUUAAGAAUGUUAUGGACUCUUUUGUUUCUGGUAUUGCCUACUGGAUAUUUGGCUAUGCGUUUGCCUAUGGCGAUGGUGGAACGGCACAGAAAUUUAUUGGUGCCACAUAUUUUGCAUCAUAUGAUAUGCCGAUGGACCAGUAUGCAAGCUUUUUCUUUCAGUACACAUUCGCUGCAACGGCGGCUACUAUUGUUUCGGGUGCUGUAGCAGAGAGGUGCGAAUUUAUAGCUUAUUUUGCUUACAGUUUCGUUAUCACUGGCUUUAUUUACCCAGUCGUUACACAUUGGGCCUGGGGAAAUGGAUGGUUGGUAGACGGAUACGACUAUGGCGGAGACAUUGGACAAAUUGCUUAUCAGGAUUUUGCAGGCAGUGGCGUUGUUCACGUUCUGGGUGGUGUUUGUGCUUUUAUUGGAGCUGCACUUUUAGGACCAAGAAUUGGUAGAUUCCAGAAAGGUUCUAAAGUUAUCGGAACUCUGCGAGGGCAUUCUGUGCCGAUUGCUGCUCUUGGAGGUUUUAUUUUAUUCUUUGGAUUCUUGGCUUUCAAUGGAGGAUCACAGCUGACCAUUAGUUCUGAGGGAGAUGGCGCUGCAGUAGCUGUUUCGGUUGUCAAUACAAUAAUAUCUGCUUCCUUUGCUGCUUUCGGGUCGCUCAUCAUAAACAGACUACAUAUAUUUGGAAAUACAUGGAGUUUACUUGUCACCAUCAACGGAGCUCUAACGGGAAUGGUUGCUGUAUGUGCUGGGUGUAACCAGAUGCAUCCUUGGAGUGCUGCUGUUCUAGGCUUGUUUGCUGCUAUGUCGUAUACAUUAUGGUCCACAGUCAUGAAAAAACUUAACAUCGACGAUCCUUUAGACGCAGUUGCAGUACACUUUGGAGGAGGUAUUACCGGUGUGAUUCUGAUUGCUUUCCUGGAUAAAGAUGACGGAAUACUGUUUAACUGGGAUAAAAAAUCUGGUCUGAAACUUGGAUGGCAGUUUGCUGGAUUGGCUGCCAUUAUAGCCUGGUCAGCAUUAUUUUCCCUGUUGAUAUUUGGUAUCCUUAAAUGUUUCGGUAUGCUUAGAGUGUCUCGGGAUAUUGAAGAUAAAGGUUUAGAUAUUCCUAAACAUAACGAGCCUGCCUAUCCAGUGGAGGCCUACGGACAUGGACAUAUAGAGAAGUUAAUACAGAUCUUAGAAACACAACCCAUGGUUGUAACUCAAGGAUACUCAAAAGUGGCAUAUAAAAACGAGUCAUUCACAAUUGAAAAGGAAUUUCAAGACAAAGGUGUUUAUGAAUCACCGGAAACUUCGGCAGCUGUAAGAAUUAGAAAUGGAACUUCUUCAAAUGGACACCGAACAGUACUAACAAUAAGUAACGGAACAACACCGUCUACUGCUGAUCCGAAUCGAAUGUAAUAGAAAAAUGAAAGCUAAUUGCAUGACCACUAUAUAUAUUUGGUGAUGUAUAAAAGGGAUAUUUUUUUAUUUUUAUAAUAUGAGUUCCCUGUAAAUGUAUUAAUGUAGAUUAAUGUACAAGUGC